AUGGCCAGCACGGCCGUCCAGCUCCUGGGCUUCCUGCUCAGCUUCCUGGGCCUGGUGGGCACGCUGAUCACGACCAUUCUGCCGCACUGGCGCAGGACGGCGCACGUGGGCACCAACAUCCUGACGGCCGUGUCCUACCUGAAGGGACUAUGGAUGGAGUGUGUGUGGCACAGCACCGGCAUCUACCAGUGCCAGGUCUACCGGUCCCUGCUGGCGCUGCCCCGAGACCUGCAGGCCGCCAGGGCGCUCAUGGUCAUCUCUUGCCUGCUCUCGGGCAUGGCCUGCGCCUGCGCCGUCAUCGGCAUGAAGUGCACCAAGUGUGCCAAGGGCACGCCCGCCAAGACCACCUUCGCCAUCCUCGGGGGCUCCCUCUUCAUUCUGGCCGGCCUCCUGUGCAUGGCGGCGGUCUCCUGGACCACCAAUGACGUGGUGCAGAACUUCUACAACCCGUUGCUGCCCAGUGGCAUGAAGUUCGAGAUCGGGCAGGCCCUGUACCUCGGCUUCAUCUCCUCCUCCCUCUCCAUCAUCGGCGGCACGCUGCUUUGUCUGUCCUGCCAGGACGAGACGCCCUACAGGCCCUACCAGGCACAGCCCAGAGCCGCCACGGCUACUGCAGCCACCGCGCCCGCAUACCGGCCGCCGGCCGCCUACAAGGACAACCGGGCCCCCUCUGUGACCUCUGCAUCGCACAGCGGGUACAGGCUGAACGACUAUGUGUGA